AUGCACCAGCCUCAGGCUCAGUCGCGGCCGGUUCGGCCACUUGCUCCGGCUGCAACCCCUGCAGUUUCUAACCAGGCCUCUGCCACUUCUAACCCCUCCCGCAAUCUCGCUGGGACCAGCAGCGCACAACCAGUCUCUGCCACCACUUCAAAUGCCACCAUCCGAAAGAACGCGUCCAUUGCCUGCCACGCCUGCAAGAUCUCGAAGAGGAAGUGCGAUCGAAACCAGCCCUGUGGGAAUUGCUCUGCGAACAACCGAUCAUGCAUCUACGAUGCCUUGCAGGACGGUCGGCGGAAAGAAGUACGCAAGCGGAGGCUGGAGGAGCUUGAAGCCCGAAGUCAGGCCUUGGACAAACUGCUGGUUACAUUGAAGCAUUCGUCCAGAUCGGAAUCUCGUCAACUACUUGACCUGAUCAGACGGGAUGCGCCCCUGGAAGAGAUCCUCCAGUUCCUGGAUGAUCACCCGGGACAGGCAUCUAAUGAGGCUCGCGAAGCCCUUUCCGCAAGUCCGCCUCCAGAAGAGGGCGCCGGUAUCCGCCGGAUGCUGGCAAUCAGCGAACUUACUGAUAUACCACCAUACACGGCCCCCGCUGCACCAUGGACAAAGAUCACUGAGGACGACUCGUUCGUGUCUCACCUUAUAUCGUGCUACUUCACCUGGUUCCACUUCUAUUACCAUAAUUUCGACGAAAAUCUGUUUCUUGAAGCCAUGAAAGCUGGAGACCUGGGAUCACCCUUUUGCUCCCCUUUCUUGGUCAAUGUGGUCUUGGCCAUAGGAUGUCUGUUUUCCGUCCAUCCUGCCGCCUUUGCUACCCCGGGAGAUCCAAAGACACUUGGACUACAGUUUUACACCGAAGCUCAUCGACUUUGGGCUCUCGAAGGUGCCAGACCAACUUUGACCAACAUACAAGGCACAGCCUUUAUUGGUAAAGACAGAGCAAGCGCGGCAUCGUUGAAGCAACUUGAAGUCAUGGCCCCGCAACUUAUGAAACACUACGGCAACCCAAGGAAUGCCGAGCUCAUCUCCCAAGAAUUCAAAAAGUCUCUGAGUAUCGUAGACUGGGCUACACACAUCUAUACAACCGGGUUUGGUACUGGAUUACUGACCGCUCCUUCGCUGCCGAAGCCGACCUUAGAGGCCCCUUACACGUCCGAAAAAUGGAACAGUCACUUGACUCCCUGGACGGGAUAUCCUCUGCAUGGUGAGCGUAUCCAGCUCCCUCUUCACAAGCUGUACCAUUACAUGUGUGAGCUAUAUUUGUUUGCCAGUGACAUCCAGACCCUGCUGUUCGCGGAUUUUCCGAGCAUGGGUGUUGUUGAAAGAUUCGAGGCUUCGCAGAGGAUCGAAGCGCAAAUGCAGCAGUGGUAUAGCUCUUUGCCUUCACAAUUCCGAGUGGGACAGCCAGACCUGGUUGUCGUUCCCCAGACGGUAGACUUGGCGUUUACCAUGUAUCAUUUCAGUCUGUUCAUGUGGAACUGGACCAUCCCACCACCUUCGGCGGCACGACAGCAUGCAACUGCUUCCGAUGUCGAGGCCGAAGUGACGUCGGAGGGUAAGGAACCGACGGCUCAACAGAUGGACGAGAUAAGAAGAAAGUGCAAGGACAUGUGCUUCGAACUCACCGCCAACACCACCCAGCUUUACCAGACGUGGUACGACAAGUUUCCUCAAACCUACUUCAGCAUGCUCAUGCCUCAGACUGGGAGCGUGGCGGCCAGUUUUCUUCUGUCGGGCAACCUGAAGUCGGCACAUGAGGAGGACAUGCUUCUUCAGAUCAUGCGAGUCCUCGUCCGAAGUUCCCCACGAUGGCAGAUGGUCAAAGGCAUCACGCAGAUGCUGCUGAAGACGGCCGAAGAGAAAUCCAAGGCGGCGGACAAGGAAGAGGGCGGCGUCAGCAAGGCGCUGGUGGAGGAGAUGAAGGAAAUCGUCAAGGAUCUCGGGUGGGAAGAUACGGACCAUCUCAACUUCAGUUCCCAGUACCCCAACUACGCCAUCGUCAGAGAAGACCCUAGUGCCAACGUAGAGAUGAGCCAGCUCCUGGAGAAAUGGGCCGAACUGGCAAUUGAUGAGAAGGAAGUAGAAGCCACGUCCGAACAGGGUGAUAUGUCGGAACAGGGUGAUAUUGUCGCUGAAGAUCGCAGCCAGGGCGACGAAGGCCAGCCUGGGGAGAGAGAUGUCCAACGACCGGAGACAACACAGGCGAAAGGGAAAGAGAAGGCGAGGUAUUGGAACUAA